AUGGAAUCCACGCCGAAUCCGAGCCAGCCAGAGAGGCACAUUCCUACCCACUCUUCAACCAGUCGGGCAGACCUCCACUGCUGUUGUGGCCGGGAGGAGUGCGCAUUCCUCCGGAAUAACCACGAUGCCCUAGAAGGAUUGGAGAAGGACCUCGAGACCGCCGCGAGGUUAGGUCAGGCCCUACUCCAUCGCCAUGAGUCUUACAUGGCAGAGGCGGAAGAAGACCGCCGCAAGUUGCACGACAGUAUUGAAACGCUAGAGCGCGAAAAGCGCGAGGUCGAGGCCCAAAAUGCCCGUAUUGUCGAUGAGAACCGCAACCUACUCGACGAGCUGGAGGGUCUAAACAACGCCGUCGCCGACUCCGACUCUUAUGCCAAAACACUUGUCAUAGCGCUUGAGAGCAGCGAGGCAGAACUGCGCAGCUUGACGGCGUCGGCUGCCCGCGCAGCUGAUCUUGAGGCGCAGUUGACUCGCAUGGAGACCGAGCAGUCCAGGUUGCAAGAAAGCUUAUCGGCGGUCCAGGACGAUGAGAAGUCGGCGGUGCACCGGUGGAAGAAGGCGGAGUGUACCCUUCGAGAUUUGAAUGACCAAGUUGAUCGGAUGGAGAAGGAGGCCAGCGAAGAGCGCGAACGACAUGCUGAGUUGGUGCAGCGCAUGGAGAGACGACGCACAGUUGAGCGAGAGCUUGAUGGUGCCGCUGGUCGACUGAAGGGAGCGGCUGCUGCUCAGAACAUGAGUCGGACCGGUGGUACGAGCGUGGUCUCCCGCUUUGUGAAGGACAUCCUUCAGGAUAAUGCGAACCUGCAGAUGGGGAUUGUGGAGCUGCGAGAGAUGCUUGAGAGCUCCAAUGAAGAAGUUCAGAACUUGCGGGAUCAAAUUGUGUCGCACCAGCCUGUCGCAACGGCGACAGAGGGUGACCGGCCGGUGACAACACUAAGCCAGGAAUUGGAUGCCAACGAGUCACGUCGGGUGUCACAAGAGUUUCACAUCCACCAUUACUACCAUACCCCACCAGCCGCGAAGAAAGACAAGAAGGAGAAAAGCACUCUUUUUCGUCGGUCCAAGAAACGCCGUUCCUUGGGCAAUCCGCCUCUGCAAGUUACCUCAAAUCCACAAUCGUCCCGAAAAGCCAAGCAUCGCUCCCAACCUUCUGCAUCUUCUGCCUCUACGAUUCUAUCACAGACAUCAGUUUCGAUUCCUCCGCCUGGGUCGCACCGUUGGUCGUUGCAGUCUCCUGUUCCUCCUGAUUCCAUGGCCAGCUCGCCUCAGUCGGCUUAUCGAUCGUCUAUGUCUAUCUUUGAUCGUGUGGAGCGUGGAUUUGAUACGUCGCAGCCUACCAGCCCUGACAGUGCGAUCUUCACCUCACCAUUGAGAAAUGGUCGCUUCAAGACUGGCGGUGGGCCUUCGGAUGCCUACCGCGCGUUGAACGGGCAUGACGGCGGGCCUAUGAGUGAUGAUGAAUUCGGCGAGUUCCAACUGCAGUCAGUGAUUCCCGAGGAAGGAGAGGAUUCAGGUUCAAUCUCUCGACCGCAAACACCUGUCGCGGAUGACGAUAUCUUUUCGACAUCCACGCCACAUCGAAAGCUCCGAAGAGCCGCGUCACACGAGAGCCUGUUCUCAGUCGCAGGCAUGGACAUUCAUACCCCCAGCCAUCGUCUAUCUCGCAUGGGCGACUUCAUACCCGGUGCUCUACCGCUACGAGUACAACGCCGGAUCAUGUCAUCCGACCUAUCCUCAACACCACCCACGACCUCAACCAGCACCAUCACUGCAGGAAGGGAACCCGCCAAGCCAUCGCCUUCCCAGCAAUCACCCGAAUCCCUCCUAGCCUCCGUAGCUGGGCCCCGUCAAUCUCAAUCUCCAGCUGAGAACCCAUCCCCUUCAUCGCUCGACGACUCCUCCAUCACCCCAACCCGGAUCCUCUCGCUCGGGAGUCGCGUCGGCGGCUGGGUCCGUGGCCGUUGGGGUACCGUCCCCGUGUCGUCACACCGCAGCCUUAAACCACUCACAGAAGAACCCUCACCAACCCAAUCAUGCGCCUCCUCCACACACUCCUCUGAAUAUCAACAAGCCCCAUCCGUUCAAGCUUCAUCCGCUCCUCAGAAACGACCACAGUUCCGGUUCCGCUAUCCUGGCAUUAACCAGAAGGGUCCAAUCAUGGGGCUUCGCCCUCCGCCUCCCCCGCCUGUCUCUAUUCAUGCUGAGCGGCUGGAUGAGGGUUUACUUCGUGAGAGUCUAGCCGAGUAG